GUAGGGCACAGGGGUAUAUAGCGGGGUGUGUAGGGCACAGAGGUAUAUAGUGAGGUGUGACUGUACAGGGGUAUAUAGUGGGGUGUGUAGGGCACAGGGGGUAUAUAGCGAGGUGUGUAGGGCACAGGGGUAUAUAGCGAGGUGUGUAGGGCACGGGGGUAUAUAGCGAGGUGUGUAGGGCACAGGGGUAUAUAGCGAGGUGUGUAGGGCACAGGGGUAUAUAGCGAGGUGUGUAGGGCACAGGGGUAUAUAGCGAGGUGUGUAGGGCACAGGGGUAUAUAGCGGGGUGUGUAGGGCACAGGGGUAUAUAGCGGGGUAUAUAGGGCACAGGGGUAUAUAGCGAGGUGUGUAGGGCACAGGGGUAUAUAGCGGGGUAUAUAGGGCACAGGGGUAUAUAGUGAGGUGUGUAGGGCACAGGGGUAUAUACUGGGUGAUGAGGGCUCGGGUGAGAUAGUAGAGGGGCACAGUUGGCGUCUGGUGGCAGAGGGCUCAGUCCUGCAUCCCCCCCAGUUGGCACCCAGCUCUUGCCAUGCGGCUGACCCUACACAAGAAGAAGAUCGCCGCCCUGCUGCUGCUCCUGGCCCUCGGCACCUGGCUGCUGCUCACAUCUUCCCGCCUGGAUGACCCGUCGCCCACAGAGCCGCCCAGCGAGAAGGAUCCCUCCGGCUUCCAGCUGCCAAGUGGCGCUCCGCUACAGAGGAGACUGGCAGCCUACCGCAACAACCUCCGGCAGCCGAUGCGCAAUGCAGAGCGGUUUCCCGGUCCCCCUGAGCUGGUGCUGGUGGUGCAGGUCCGAGGAGGGCCGGGCAGCGGGUCCCGGCUGCAGCUGCUGGCUGAGUCUCUGCAGAGCGCUGGCCCGGGUGCCACUAGCCGCCUACUACUGGUGCUGAGCAUGCAGCAGCCGUGCCCGGAGGCUGCCCGCGCCAUGACGUCCAUAAACUUCUGCCGGGUGCUGCCAGUCUACUUCCCAUACAGCCUGAGCUUCUAUCCAGAUGAGUUUCCUGGCAGCGACCCUGCCGACUGCCCACGGGAUAUGCCCAAGGAGUCUGCCCUUCUCAAAGGCUGCAGCAAUGCCAAGUACCCGGACAGCCACGGCCACUACCGAGAGGCUGCCUUCACCCAGGACAAGCACCACUGGUGGUGGAAGCUGCACUUCAUAUGGGAGAGGGUGCGGGAGGUGAGCGGGCACAGUGGGCAUAUCCUCUUCCUGGAUGAGGGCAGCUACCUGUUCCCAGACUGGCUGCACGUCCUAAGGCUCAUGCAGAAACAAUGCCAAGAGGAAGGCUGCCACAUGCUGAGCCUGGGUGGCACGGGUAUCCCGGAGUCGUCACCUGACCCGCAGCACAUGGAACUGAGCGGCUUUGUGGCCCCGCGGCACAGCGCCGCCAUCGCAGUAUCGAGAGAGACGUACUACCAGCUGAUGGGGUGCCUGGCACAGUUCUGCACCUACGACGACUACAACUGGGACUGGAGCCUGCAGCACAUCUCUGCCGCCUGCCUGGCACACCCACUCAAGGUGCUGUCUGCCCGCCUGCCGCGAGUUCUCACGCUCCCCGCCAAAGCUGAGGAUGGUGGCAUGUGCGGGCGCUACGGACCCUGCGCCAACACGGAUGCCUCCUCCCAGGCUCUGCGGGCCAAGAUCCGGCAACUGAGUGGCCAGCUCUUCCCGAAGGCCAUCAGCAUAGCCAGCCGGCAGCAGGAAAUCCGCAACCCGCCGCCCAUGAAGAACGGCGGCUGGGGGGACAUCAGGGACCACACCCUGUGCCAGUCCUAUGCCAGGCUCUAGUGCCAUGUCUAAUGCCCUUCGUUCCUGACAAUAACUGAAUGCGACCAAAUCAACCCAAACCUUAAAUUCCUCAGGGAUUAUUACAGCGAUCUGGACCUGAGGGCGCGAUCGUAGCGCUGCGCCAUGUGGGCGUGUCAGGCGCUUGCCCCCCUUAGUUGCCUUGGUGACUGCUCGGAGCCGCCAUCUUGGAGAAAUUAGAUGAACGGACAUUAUUAUGGUGGGAAGUUCUCGCCCUCGUGGCGCCGCCCGGCCAGAGACUGGAAUGCCCAUCGUGUUGCCUUAUCAUGUAUUACACCACUCAUCUUUGAGCAUGCUGGGAGUUGUAGUUCUUCAACAUCUGUGUGCCUUACUUGUGACCCCACCCCUUGUCUGUUGGAGGCGGGGUCACAGCCUGACUACCCCCUCCCCCCUCCGCUCGUCUGUCCUCGCCCUCCGUUCACAUUCCGCUCCACCGGUCUGCCAGCAUUCUGGAGGCGACGGGUGCCUCAUGCCUCAAUCUGCACUUACCAAAUGUCGGCGGUGCUGAGGCGUAUGAUACAGUGCGCCUCGCGCCUCGGUCCUGUAAGACUUAGAGAAACAUGUUUACUGGGCGACUCCAUUGAUGUGUGAAACAUGGUGCCUCAUACCUCAGUCAUGUCAGAGGUGCUGAUUGACUCUUAUUAUGGGAGAAGCCACAUACCAAAUGCUGAGGUGUAAGGUAACAUGUGCCUCACGCCUCCUCAGUCAUGUCAGCAGCCAUAACUGUUCAUUGUUGCUACCAGCGAGGUUUCAGACACUGUCUGCCUCAGUCAUGUCGGUGGCGGCCUCCGGUGACCAUUCUCCAGGCGCUGCCGAUACUUUUUAGCCAUAAUGUUACUCGGUGCCUCAUUGAUGUACUGCAGUGUUGGCUGGCGCCUCGCGCCUCGUGCCUCAAUCAUAUGUCGAUGCUGCGUGUAUACUGCACAUACCAAAUGUCACCCGUUGGGGCGUGAGGUGCCGCGUGCCUCGCACCUCCAUCUUGUAAUGUUCUGUUAUAAUUAAUAUAUUGUGAUUGAAGGAAAGAUAAAGUUUAAUCUGACGA